AUGCGUCCCCUUAAAGUGAAAUUUACUGUGUUUGAAAAGCGCUACAAUCAUCCCUUACUUUUAAGACUAGCCGUCGUAAGUGCUAUCAUACUUUCAAAUGUCUUUGCCGAUAAUUCUAGGAAAUUUGAAAUACUACGAGAAAGAAUCCGAAGGAUCGAAGAUAGGCUUGCUGAAGAUAUUUCUUUGAUAAGAGAGGAGUUUUAUAACGAAAUAAGUGCACUGGCUAAACACGAAGACACAAAGAAAAAUGAAUCAACGACGGCUUUUGAUAAGGCAAUUAAAACUGGAGUAAAUAGUGACCUUGAAGCUUUGACAGUGAAAGUUGGAAAUUUAAAAAGUGCAUUAUUCGCAAAGGUGAAAAUAAUAACAGGUGGAAAUAAGCAAGAAAAACGAAUCCGGAGGGACAUUCAAAAGGAAAUCAAUGGAUUGAAAACAGAAAAAGAAGACAUAGUUGAAGCACUUUCUGGUAUGUCAAACAACAUUGCACUGGCAAUUGGUGACACAGCAGAACAGCUUAAUGACAUUGUAGAAUUACUUGAGAAUUUAAAGGUACAAGUCACAAAAUAUGUUCAGACUGACAAUACAGAAAGAAAUAAAGGAACGGAAAGAGUGCCGGACUGUACAGACUGGCUCAGAAGAGGUCAUGUUACAAGCGGCAUAUACACCGUGUUUCCAGAAACACUAUGGCGGCCAAUAAAGGUUUACUGCGAUAUGGAAACAUCGGGUGGCGGAUGGACAGUGUUUCAGAGAAGACAAGACGGUUCGGAAAACUUCAAUAGAAAGUGGAUCGAUUACGCGUUUGGAUUUGGUAAUCUUUCGGGUGAGUUUUGGCUCGGGAACGAAUUCAUUCACCGACUUACGUCUGUCGCGCCACAAGAAUUACUCAUAGAGCUCGAAGAUUUCGAAAACGAUCACAGACAUGCCGCUUAUGGACUGUUUUCUGUCGGAUCUGCUGAGGAAGCUUUUAAACUAUCUGUUAAUUUCUUUGCGGGCAACAUAACCGAUUCUCUCGUGUCUCACCAUAAUGGGCUUGGAUUUUCAACAAGCGACCACGGAUCCUCGACAGGUUGCUCCAGCAGCUAUAAAGGUGGUUGGUGGUAUGGAAAGUGUCAUAGGGUCAAUAUAAAUGGGUUGUAUCUUAAAGGAAAGCAUACGUCUAACGCCGACGGUGUCAACUGGUAUGAUUGGCGUGGCCAUCAUUACUCAUUAAAGAAAACUGAAAUGAAAUUCCGUCCUCAUUAGUGAUAUUCGUUGAUUCAUUGAUUGACUAAUUGAUUUGUGACUCAGAUGGAAUACUGGUUGUCGGAUUCGUUGGUAUAAUAGUUUUGUUAAAAAAAGACAAUACAGUCAAAUUAUGCCAGCCUUUUAACACAUUUUCCUGGAUAUAUUAAACCAGUUUAACUUUACAACUUCUCAGUUUGACUAAAGAGUGGCUGAGUGUCAGGGGUUAAACGCAACAUAUAUAAUAUAUAUGUAUAAUGUUUGCCUCUUGAGUACAGAAUAUACAAAAAGAGUUUUCAUUUAAGCUUUCAUUUAUAUGACAAAUGUUAUAUUUUAUUUACUUGUUUAGCUUUUUACAGGCGUACGUUAUUACGCUUGAGUUUCCAUUUAAAUGUCAGGUCAAAUAGUUUAUGCCAAAUCAUAAAGACAUCGUUUAUACAUUGUAUAACAGACGUUCCUAUAAACAAUACCGCACACGAAACAUUGUGGCAAAAAUUGAAAUGCGCUGCUGUAUUUAUAUCAUUAAUUUUGACAUCUGGCAUGAUUUGGUUUGCUUUUUAUGUUAGUACUAUUUUGAUUGUAGUUACGAUUUGCAUGUGCAGAUUUCUGCAUUGUAUUCUAUUGAAUGUGUUGAAAGGAUAUUCGGGUACCAGCGUGCUUGUGUAUGUAAGGGUAUAAGGGAGAAUGGAUGAGUUAAAACAGUCGGUCACUUUUCUCGAGAUUCAAUUUGCAUUCAAGAAAACCUGAUUUUUGUCACUAGAUUUUGUUUAAAACCUUUCAUUAAUAACAACGAAAUAAGUGUUUUUACGAAACAUGGGUGCAGAUUGUACUUUGUAAGCCAUGUCACAUACAAACAUCCCUCAUCAAGUAUUUUCCUUGUGUUUACAUUGUCUUGGUAUGUGCGUUUUUUCCUUGUUAGUGACCAUGUCUAGGUCAACGAAGUAGCAUACCAUCCAACAUUUGUAAGAAAUUGAUAUAACAUAAUUAGCUACUUAUUAAAUUGCAUGACAAAACGAUGAA